ACCGCAAAGACACGUUUCGCAACCGCUUUUUUAACUUUAAAGCGAUUUCAUGUACAACAAGCAAAUCUGAGAAAGAUGUUUACAUCUGAAAAGUGGGCAAAUAGUCGAUUUUCUAAGGAGGUUGCAGGAAACGUGUAGCAGAAGUGAUAUUGAUGCCUUCUUUUUGGAAAAAUAUGGUUUUUGCAUUAAAGGUUGGUGGCCCAUUGGUGAAAGUAUUACGGCUGGUAGAUGGUGAAAAAAGGUCUCCUAUGGGUUAUAUCUAUGAGUCAAUGGACAGGGCCAAAGAAGCUAUCGCUGCGUCAUUUAACAAUAAUGAAGAGAAAUAUCGUAGCAUUUUUGAACUCAUUGACAAAAGAUGGAACAUUCAACUCCAUCGACCUUUGCACGCAGCUGGAUAUUUGAAUCCAGAGUGUUUUUACUCAAACUUUGAUAUAAAAAAUGAUACAGAAGUGAUAGAGGGUUUAUACAAGUGCAUAGCCAGAUUAGUGAGAGGUGAGGAUUUACAAGAUAAGAUCACGAAUCAAUUGGAAAAAUACAAGAAAGCAAAAGGACUUUUUGGUUUGCCAAUGGCUAUCCGACAAAGAACUUUAAAAUCACCAGCUGAUUGGUGGUCUUCUUAUGGUGCAUCAACUCCUGAAUUAAAAACAUUUGCAAUGAAGAUUUUAAACCUCACAUGCUCUUCUUCAGGCUGUGAACGUAAUUGGAGUGUUUUUGAACAUAUACAUUCUAAGAAAAGAAAUAGGUUGUCUCAACAACGAUUGAAUGAUUUGGUAUAUAUCAAGUACAAUAGAGCUUUGAGGAGAAGAUAUGACAUGCGAGACAAAAUUGAUCCUAUUACUUUGUCAGAGAUAGAUGAUAGUAAUGAAUGGUUGUUGGGUAAAUUGGAUGACAGUGAUAAAGACAAUGAUAAUGAUUUUGUCUACGAAGGUGAAGAUUUGCGUUGGAGUGAUGUAGCACGAGCAUCUGGGGUUGGUGAAAGUGCAUAUGACUUUCGAUCUCGAAAUGCAUCUUCUUCAAAAGGGGCAUCAUUAUCUGCAUCAGCAAAAAGGAAACUGUCUUCAGCUCAAACUAGUCUUGUUAAUGAAGAAGAAAUUAAUCUUGAUGAUGAAACUGAAGAAGAGGAUACUGAUGGAUACAAAUCAAGCGAUGGAGCUGAUGACGUAGAUUUGGACAAUGAAGAUGAAGAAGAUGAUUAUUUUGAUAUUUGAUAUUUCCUCUAUUAUAUUUUCAAAGACUUGUGAUUUUCAAUAAUCUACAACUUCAUCAAAGAAUAUUUGUUUAUGGUUAUUUGGAUUUUCAAAGACAUUUUGAAAGAUUUUUAAUAAAUAUAAGAGUCCUAUUGUUUAUUACGCUUUUUUCCGUAAAGCCCGCGCUUCGCCUUGUGCUUUGCGCUUUAAGCCCCAAGUCCCUUGAGCGCUUUUUUGCACCUCGCGCUUUUGAUAACUAUGGUAUCUAUUGAGAAAAAACUCUGAAAGACACGUUUAAGAUGAUACAGACAUCUACUUAGAUGGUCAAUAAAUGCUCCAGUUAGACGAUGUGAAACGAGGAAGAAAAAGACUUGGUUAGUA